UAUGUCUUGUAGUCUAUUUCCGGUGCGGUGUUGUUGUUGAGGCGCUAUGAUAUGUGAGCGCGGCCUCAAUCUUUUCCCGUGAGUUUUUGUCGCGUUCUGCGGGUUUCAUGUUCCGCGCCGCCGAGAUCAAGAGCUUCGGUAAAGCGGGAACCGGCUGGCACUUUCGGCGGACGAUGGACGAGCUGGUCCAUGACCUGGUGUCGGCUCUGGAGGAGAGUUCUGAACAAGCCCGUGGAGGGUUUGGAGACGGUGGAGAUCACGCCCUGGCCGUCGGCUGCCUGUUAAAACGGCAGGCCCGUAAGCGGCGUGGCAGGAAACGUCGGUCCGAUAACCCUCACCCGCCGUGGGACACCUGCCACCUGAGCGAAGGCUCCGAAUCCAGCCUGGAGGAGCAGAAAGACUAUCGUUCAUCCACAGCAGCAGGGGGCGCUCACACCCGUGACAACAACAACAGCGACUCCGAUGAGCAGCUGGGUGCAAAGCGGCGUACGCCCCUCACCGCUGACUCCGGCAGGGGGAAGAGGCCGCUUUGGCUGGACGACUUGAGCGGAGCGGACGGUUUGGGAACCCGCAGUUUACGGAGGCGUCGGAAAGUCAAGCGCAUGGCUGUGGAUCCACCACUAGAUGUCGCCACCAUGCUGGCGCCGCCGCCCAAAGCGCCAAUAGUAGGAGGCAGCAGAGGGACGGGGUUUAGUCCGGAAGCCAAAGGGAGUGAUGCGAACAAAAACAGGGUGAAGAAAAGGAAGUUUACAGCACAGAGACUCGCUCAGGACGCGGCGGAUGAAGGCGUGGUGGUGGAGAGCGAAGAGGCGGGCCAAGCGGCCAAAGAUAAGAUGGACUUUGAGGAACAGAAAGGUUCAGAUGAGGACAUGAGUGACAGGUGCGAGACGAGCAGCGUGAGUAACAGCAGUGAUGGGGGUCUGUACACCAACGACGAGGGAAGGCAAGGUGAUGAUGAGCAGAGUGAUUGGUUCUAUGAGGGCGAGCCGGGCGGGGCUUGUGGGAUUGCGGGCGUGGUUCCGUGGUGGGAGAGAGAUUCCAAUGAACUCGACCUCAAUGACCCCAUGUUCAACAGCAUCCUGACCGGAGCGUUCCCGUUAAUGUCACAGGGAUCUCAAAGAGGGUUUCAAGCACGGCUCGCUCGGCAGGCCUGUCUUCAGCAGUCACAGGGAACCUCUCAAGGAAUUCCUGAUAGAUUACCAAGAUUAUCCCAGGAUCCUCAGAACUCGUGGUUCAGCUCCGGGACUAGAAGAGACCAAUUGCUUUGGGAUUCUCGUAGCGACAGAAGCCACAGGAAAAGCUGCUCUUUAAAGACUGCCAGCAGACAGACAAGUGGUCAUCUUGGGUCUUUGUGUACUGGAGAUAUAAAGAGACGACGGAAAGCUGCACCUGUCGGAGCUCCAUCAGUCUCAGGCGUGGUGGGCGAGAGCGCUGCUCCUCUCCCGGAGUCAAACGUGGGGAACCGUAUGCUGCAAAGUAUGGGUUGGACCCCGGGGUCGGGCCUGGGCCCUGAUGGCAGGGGCAUCACUGAGCCAAUUCGUGCAUCUCAGAGGCCGAAGGGAGCCGGACUGGGCUUCAACUGAGCUUGAGCCGAGAACGGAGAGAGCAACUCGCGCAGAGACGGCGACCCAGGCCCGCAGGUCGUCUUUCUCUCCGUUAACCUCAGAGUUAAUGGCAGCCAGCCAGCAGAAGGCAGCACUGAGGUGAUAGACCAGUAGAUGUAGGAAACGAUGAUGGACAGAAUGAAACAAAAUAGAACACCUGCACUGGUCCAGUCAAGGAGUGUCCUCACUGCCACCACACACACACACACACGUACACACACACCCCGACUCAUCAACACCACCAUUUCAAUUAACUCCAGAAAAAACAUGAUGCACCAAAAAGCCAAACAGUCUGGAAUUUGCCAUCUGACAUAAUAGGAUGAAUUUCAUGAGCAAUUUCGUAGGAAAAUCAUAGGAAAAAUAAAUAAGAAAUUAUAUUUUGCAUAACAAAAAAAUUAAGCCUGUUUUUUGGACCAUUAAUAUUUUGUGCUUUGUGAAAUAAUUUGUUAAUUAAGCUCAUUUAACCUCAACAUUCUUGUUAUUGUGAUUCAAAAAAUUGUUUUUGAUUUUGUUAAAAUGAGAAUUUACUAUAUUCUGUGGAAGCUUGUUUCCGCCACUGAAUAAAAAAAACUGCGACUUCUCACAAUUCUGACUUUAUUUCAUGCAAUUGCGAGUUUAUAUCCCCAAUUCUGACCUUUUUCUCGCAAUCGCGAGUUAUAAAGUCCAAUUCUGAGGGGGAAAAAAGACUGACUUUCAUCUCAAAACUGCGAGUUUAUAUCUCACAAUUCUGACUUUAUAUUGUAAGUACGAGUUUAUAUCAUGCAGUUGUAAUAAAAAAAGGUCCAGAUUGUGAGAUAAAAAGUCACAAUUACCUUUUUUAUUUUUUAUUCAGUAGCGUAAAAAAAGAGUAUUCAGUAUAAUAGUAACCAAAAAAUUCACAUCACAAUAAUGAGAAUUUGGCAAAUAAUUGUGCUUAACUGUCAUUAAAAUGUCUCAAUGUAAAAAAAACAGGCUUCAUUUUCUUUAUACAAAAUAUAAUUUAUUAUUGUUUUAUUUUAUUUUGAUGUUGAUUUAUCAAGCAUCUGCACAAGUAUUUUAAACGAGCCUGUGGGUCGUUAUCAGUGAUGCUAAUUACAAACCAACCGCCAAACCUCAGCUCUCAGUGAAUACCAGCAGAAAUUAGCAAAAUAUUGUUUCUUUUUUUCUUUUUUUUUUUCAAAAAUAAUUUUUAAAUAUUAAUUCUCACCUCAUGAAGACCUGUUUUAGCAGAUUAGAUCAGUUCAAAAUACUGUCUGUCUCCUGUAUUCAUUUGAUAUUUGUAUAUCUGAUGUCGCUCAUAAUAUCAUUUGUUUUUUAGCCUGUUUUUUGGGGUGACAUUUGUUUUUCAUUUAAUUUAUAAUGAGUUGUUGUUUUUUAGUUUUUGCAUCCUGUUUUUUUGACGUUUGUGCAAAUAUCAUGCACUAAUAAUGAAUGUCAAUACCUCAGCCAAUCACACUCUUAUGAAAUCAGUUCUGCAUGUAUGAAAUGCUGAAAAGAUGCAGACUGAAGCAAGCGACUGCUGCUCUUUUACAUGACUGAACACACGUGUGUUUUAAUGGUGAUAUAACAUGAGGGUUUGGGGUCCAUUCUGUUUAUUUCCAGCCUGUAUCAUUUGAAAUUCUGUGAAAUGCACGUAUUUCUCAGCAGAGUUUGAGUAAUGAAUAAGAUUAAUUGACUGAAUUGGCUUAGUUCAGAUGGAAUUAACUAUUCAAGGAUGUGACACACUGACGGCUGCCAUUUCUGAUUGUCACGAGGUGAAGAUUAGGCCAUUGUUGGGUAAACACUUCAAUGCCUCUUACGAACAAUCCCAGAUGAUUGGAGAUGCUAUUAUCUCGGCAGAACGGUUGCUGAGACAGGAAGAGUCUUUGAGCUGAAUGUGACAUCACUUCCUCUAUGGUGUUUGAGCAGGGCUGUACCGCCCUGAAAGAAGAUAAGUGGUUUUUUUUGUUGUUGUAUUUUUAACCAUGUUUGCACUCAGAAUGAACAGUUACCAAGUCUUUGUUAACGUGAAUGAGGAACAUGUCAGGUUUGUCUCUUCCUGUAAUCUGUACAACAUGCCAAACUACCAAACAUGAUACAUUUGUUUA